AUGGACGUCAUGGAUGCAACAAUGCUGAAGGUCGAUCGACUUAUCGACGGGAUGCAUGGUGAAGAUCCUGGAGGAGCACGCUUGUAUAUGUCCCAAAUCCGAGAAAGCGAGACGCUGUCAAUGCUCGAGUGCUUUGAGGACAUGCUCUCUGGAAAGCUUCCGGUGGCGCCACCGUCAUCCUCCCGGUGCCCUGACCCCCUUAAUGUUGCCAGCGGUGGCAGUAUGGCGUACCGUGUGCCCCCGAGCGAGUUCCUCAAGGUGUUGGUGGAGGGGAAUACAACACGUGUUGGUGCUCUGCAUGCUGUGAUGCAGGCAAUAGGGAGAGGAGAUCUUCAAGGACGAGCUGCUUCUCUGUGCAUCUCCGAAGUGCGCAUGUGUUUGUCCGCCUGCGCCAACAUGACCGGAGUAGCGAACGGUGAUCGAGGGGGCACCAACCCCGUUCACCGACGCAUGCCCCUGGCACAACUACGAGAGUUAGCUGGCGUUUGUCUCUCCUUUUCGAUGGACAUCCACUCGGCUACCGCAAGCGGACGCCCGGCACCUGGAGUGUACGCCGGCGGCCGAAGAGGUGCGGAGGACGCCAAUAACCGGCGCGUUCUGAUGCUUCAGGCCUUCCCGGCAGUCCUAGGAGCUUGUUGCGCAGUCGCCGCGGCAGAGGAGGAGGAGGAGGAGGAGGAGGAGGAGGAGGAGGAGGAUGACGACGACGACGACAACGACGAAGACAACGAUAGUAGCGAAUCUGAUAGUGACCAUGGAGACGACGGCGAGGAUCAGUCCACAGUUGAAAGAGGUGGUGGGAAGCGUGGUGGUGCUGCCGCUGCUGCUGCCCGGAAAACGCGAAAAGGAAAAGGGAAAUCGGUCGGGACCAAUGAAGACGAACGUCGUCGCAGUAGCGUUGGGGACCAUGUUGACGACCGGCUCUCGACGGGGGUUCGAGGACGUCCUCGUAGUGGUAAAGUGAUCAGUAACGGUCGCGGCGCCAGUGGCGGUGGCUGGAGCCAGGGAGCGCUACCGCAACGAGGAGAGGCAAUCUUGUGGGAUGUCACUGACGCUCUCCUAGACCGACCGUGGCCCUUGAGGCUGGCAUUGCCACUCUUGGUCAUGUUCGAGGAAAUAUUCGGCCUCGUGGAAUUGCUUGAGCGCCGAGGCUGUGAGGCUAGGCACCAAGCGCAAGAAAGCGGGGGUGGGGCAGUACCAGGAAAGGAGAGCGUAUGGACGAGGGUGCGCUCCAGACUGAUGGAGUUAGUGUGGAUGGGAGGCUUGGACGGGGCUGAUUUCACUGGCGUCAUUCGGCAGGCAAGUUCCGACCGCAUUGUGUGCGUUCUCUGUGAUACCGAUGAUCGCCGGAACUACGAGCACGACGCUCGACACUCCUCUCCCCCCCUUCGUGAGGAAGCAUCGGGGUGCGAUGUCGCACCUGGGGCAGCGACCUCCCACCAGCCUCAGGAAAGGUUGUUGCCAAAAAAUAGACACAGCGAGCUGGCAGAGAUAAGAGAUGGCGUAGACGGGGUACGGAAGGCACGGAGAGGCGAGCAGACAAGGGUUUCCAGCAGGAGCGGGGGCUGGAUAUCGUGCUUGCGACAGCUGUACGCGGCGGUACCGCCAGAGUGGGUCUCAACUGUCGAGUUAGUGCUAGAGCAAACGCUGCACCAGAUGCCUGGGGUGGCGGAGAGCCUGCUCGAUGCGAUCCAGGAUACGAGCAGUAGUACUCGGAACACCGGCGAGGCUGACGGCGGAGUCAUGACCGGUGCUGGAUUGGGGUCUUCCCAAGCGGAAAGGCUGCGCAGUGGGAACGGGUCGUCGUCUGCGCCAACUGUCACAGGGCUCGCAAGAGGCACACAGACAUCGAUCAGCCACGACCUUGCGCUUUUGAUUCUUCUGCUUAGGGAGGCGAGUCCGCUUCGCGCGUGUUCCCUGCCUCUGUUGCCGGUCGGCGUCGAUAGGGGCCGCCGCGCCGAAGAGGGGGUCCGCAGCCUUCUUCUUCACGCUGCCCGAAGCGGAUUUGAUGGACGUGCUGCUGGGAUCAGCACAAGCAGUGGGAACAAUCGAAUGAACGAGUAUCGAGGGCGCGAGGGCGCCCUUGAAACUACCCGGGCUCUUCUGCGCGCGGUGUUGUGCUCAGAGCCCGGCUGUAAGGGAGGUGGCAGCAGCAGCAGUGGUGGCGGCGAGCACCGUGGGCGAGGGGCCGGCAGUGGUUCUUCCGGCGGCGCGUUCAGAAACGGGGGCGAGAGCAGCGGAGUAGUGUCCGAACGCGCGUCACAGUUGCUGGAGCUGGCUCUGCGAUGGUUAGAGGAAGGAAAUGGAGGUUGCGGGGGCGAUGGCAGCGUCGCCUUCCAUACAGAAGGCGUUGGGGCGGAGCUCAACAUCCAAGAUAUUGCCUCUGAGACAAUCUCGGCAGUGUUCGACGCCGUAGCGGAGGCCAGACCAAGGCUUCUCAGGGCUCUGUUGAGCGGGAUUUACGACCAGAGCCAGGGUGGGGCGGCGAGCGCGUGGAACUACAUGAGGGCAUGGGAAGCGUUGAUGGCGCAGGAGACGGGGCGGGACUGUCGAAGGCUGGUGCCGCACUCUCAAUGCGUGUCGGACGCGCUUGGGCAACUGACCCUGCUGCCGCGAGGGAGGGCGCGAAGGGUUUUGGAGUCGAUGCUCCCGCUCGCGGACGUGUGCCCCACUCAAGCCUCGGCACUGAUGAGCCUAUGCCGGAAGUGCUCCGUGCAGAGGGAAAGCAAGGGACGUCUGCUAACGCUUCACGCCGUGACCUGCAUUCUUGCCUGGAAUGCCCGCCGGGGGCACACCGACCGGAAUGGCGGAUGUCUGGACCAGGAAGGCAUGCAAGAAGAUCUGGUGGGGAUGUUUCGCAGGGCCUUCGAGGGCGGCUUGCAAACUGUCGCUCGGGCGGACGCCCUCCAUCUUCUCGCCACAAAGCUCGCAACGUCAGGUUCGGGCGCGAUCACGCAAGGGACACAAUACAACAGGGGGCAGCUACUUUCAGGGAGGCAUUGUCAGAUGCCGCAACAGUCUCACGCGCGUGCGACAAUUCGUCUGGACCUGCCACCAGCCAUCGACCGGACUGCCCUGAACGGUCUCCGGGCGUUUCUGUCGAUGCGUCUUUUUCGAUUCUUCGCCCACAAGGACGAAGUGCUGAGUGCCGACUCGAACGCCGACGGUGGGGGCGACAACUCAGGCGGGCGUGCUCCUUCGGGCGGCUACGACACUGACAUUCUUAGCCGGGGAAAAGGCAAGCACAAAGCGCGCCGGCGGCGGGGCGGGCGCUUUCAGCUGGUCCCCCUGCGACUGCUGGAAGAACGCGGAGCAUCCGGCGGAGGCCACAGCUUCGGGGGCAAGAGUAACAGAGGCAAGGGGCCUAGUAUCGUGCGAAACGGUCGCGGGCGAGGGGUGGUCCCGCGAGACGCUAUCGGCCAAUUACUCAAGUGCUGCUGGGCGCUAGUUCCAGCUGGCGGGCCGACGGGGACAGACGUGCCGGACGACGGCGCUCACGGGACGAUCGUGUCUGUCCCGGAGAAGAGGGCAGAGGCGGAGGCAAUAGCAAGAGCUGUGUUGGGGUCAGGGAAUGGAAGAAGGAGCGAAGGAGGGUGGCGAGAGCGAGGAGGCAGGCCUUCCGUUGGGCGGGUCAGCGUCGACACUCGAGAGGGGGAGGCGUUGGUGGCUGUGGUGGAAUUCUUGCAGGGAGGGGGGACUAUGGAGACGCUCCGAAUGGUGACCACGUCCAACCAACAAACGCCCGACCAACAAGAAGCCGACGACGACGUCAUACAGCCACCAGCUCCCGCUCCUCCCGCGUGCCACCCGGGUGUGGUGACCCCCCUGACAACUCUAGGCGUUGUGGUGACUCUUGCGGAAGCACUGGCGGACUGCCUACUCACUGGAAUCUCGUGUCCACGGGCGAUUCAUUUCUCGCGAACAGCUUCCCGCUGCGAAGUGUCCAGAGUCGAACCUGACGACGGCCACCACGUUGGCGACGGCAGUGACGUCGGUCCGACAUCAGGGAAGCCCGAAGCACCUCUGGUCCUGUGGGCUAUCGCAGAUGUUUUUACUCUGCUUGCAGCGGCCACGCGUGUGGCAGACGGCAUCGCAGCGCCGUUGGGGGGACUAUCGAAGCAGCCGCAGGCACGGGCCCCUGAGGGCCUUUCGGAGAUAAUUACCUCCCUCCCGGCUGAGACCCUAGGUUUAUCGCGAGGCUCCGAGCCGAACGCGACGGCGGUGGGGGUGGAAGUAGGUGACGAUAGCGACGGCGGCGGCGCGAUGGGGGAAAGAGGUGGUGCUACCAGCAGGCGGAGGGGAGGGGGAGGAGGGGAAGACGCAAUGGGACAGAACUCUCUGCUGUCUGCGACGUCCGCCCUUGUCCUCGUCAGGGAGUUUUUGGGCUGGGCCGAGAAAGAGAAGGGCAAGAGCCCGGCGGCGCUCGUGGCGGAAGGAUGGGAUGGUGGCAUUGGCGUGUGGCUCGGGCUUGUUCACUCGGUGCAGACGUUAUCGCGGGCGUUGAAAUCGACUAGGGGGAAUUGCAGUCGAGAUGGGGCCGGGGGAGUCUCAGUUGGAGGUUCGGCGCAACAGAACAAUGACCCAUCUGCUGAGGCAAUAGCUCUAACCGUGUUCCAGCUUCGAGCAGUGGUGGGCAAGCCGUCGGCAGCUCUCAGUGUUGUAGACCCGUCGGCUGAGGCCUCCAAGACGACCGUUUCCUCCGACGAGCGUUCGGCCGGCGCGACAACUCCAUCGGUAGGACACGGCACCGCAAGAGGCACGCAUGAAACCGACUCGCCCAUCAUGCAUCAAGCAUCACGCCGCCCCCCGCCGGGCAAAAUGAUAACGGGUUUCCUGACGAAGAUGAGUAUGAGGUGGAAAACGGCUUUGCCCUGGGGCCUCCCGAGCGCCGCACCCCCCCGCCGAACUUCCCGAAGGCUCGAGGGUAGGAGCCACCGUCGCGGCUGCGGUGACGGCGGCUGCGGUGAGCAUGCUGUCGCCGGAGGCGUAAAGGCGGAGGCGGAAGACCUCUUCUUCGCCCUGCAGGCCGAGUUGCUACGAUCCGAGCAUUUGGUGUUGUCCAUCCUACUUGUAGGCCCGAACGCCAGCCUAGCCCAACGGGGCUGGACGAUGCGAGCUGCGCUUGCCUCGGCAUGCCCUCGCCAGCUCGCAGAGAACGUGGAAGGAUGGCGAUCACCACCCCCCGGCACUUUAGCGGCUUCAAGUGCUGCUACUAAAUGUGCGCCCGACCGGCCACGCGCGUUUUCCAGGAGAGAGGAGCCACCGGAGUCAGGCUCUGGUCCUGCACGAGGUGCGGCGAGUUCUAACGGGAGGGUCGUGAGGGCUACCCUUCGAAAGAGCACGACACUGGCUGGCGGUCGAAGCGGUAGCGAUGAGGCGGCAACGGAGGAAGAGUUUGGAGGGAAGUUGGGCCGGGCCAAUAAUAUGGGAGUGGGAGGACGAAGAGGGCUGGUAGGGGCUGAAGGAGUGCGCGAGGGUGGUGAGGGAGGGGACAAAUGGGAUGGGCUCGGGGGCUUGUGCCGACUCGCAGCAGCGGAGAUGCGAGAAGGCUUGGAAACCGGGCUGUCCGUGAAGCUCUCACACGCCUACCUGGAUCUUAUAGAGCUACUGGGUAAUGCUGCAUUGGAGCACCGGUCUUGCGCUCGAACACCCAAACCGAACGCCGCCGCCGGUCCUUCCGAGACAAGCGCCGCUGACAGGAGUUCGGAGCAGGGCCCUGCUGGUGCAUGUUGGGGCCAGGCCGAUGACGACAUGAACACCGGUGACGGGAUCAAGGAAGAUGCGGGAGGCGUCUUACUUUCCAUCGUCACAUGCCACACCGUCAGCCAGUCCAAGCUCUUCAACAGGUUGAUCCGCGGCGCCGUCCGAUUGGACGGCAUCGGCAUCAGUCAUCACCCCCAGGCGCCCAGGAGAACCGCCGCGGCUUUGCUAGCACAGCUGCGGGCGCGGGAUCGGGAGAUCUCACGUGUGGCGAACAAUCCCGAUGGCGGCCAAGGCGGUGGCGGGGCAGGCUGCAACGGGGCGAACAGGGUGGAAGAGUUCCGAGCGGCUGCAGUGUCUCCGCCUCCGUUGGAGCGGAGCACUCGCUUGUUGGUUCACUGCGUGCGCUGGAUCCGCGCACGCCACGGAAACAAGCGCGGUCGAACAGCGAUACUCCUGUCCGAGGAGGACGGGAGCGAAUCAAGCGAGGAAGAAGGCGUCGGAGACGGUGACGGGGGCCGGGAUAAGGACCUGCCGGACGCGGAGCAUGCUUCUGGCAAGGGGGAAGGGCCUAGCUACUUGCGCGCCCGCGAUGGGCGGCAAAGCCGGUACAGUUUGUGCCCGGAAAAGGUUAAGUUCGCCUCCUCUCGGGAGUGCUUCGCCGCAAUGCGCACGGCGUUGGUGGAAUGCGAGACUGCGCUGUCCUCGGUCGGUGGGGUAGAUGUUGGUGGCGGCGGCGGGGCUAGCAGGACCGGCAAUUUGGCCGACGUUUUGGCGACGGUUGCCUUCUGCCUGCGAGAGUUCUUCACGCCGGGAUCAACUUCGACGAGGGUGAGGAUGGCCGCGUGUACGACAAAGCGGCAGGCAGCAAAACAGAGAGGGAAGGGAGCCGACAGCAACGGUCCUCCUGGCUCGCCCUCAGCGUCGGUGCCAGCUCCUGCCGAGGGAACUCGCGAGGGCAAGAAGAGCGACCGUGAGACAAGCGGCGAUGUCGCCGGCUAUGUCCCGCCCCUCGCCGCUCUCGGUGUGUUCCCGGAUACCGUCAAGCUCUUGCUGAUGCGUGUGCUCGAGCGAAUGUUCCUGGUGGGCAAGGGCGCACUUGCGUCCGCUUCGGCGACUCUGGCGAAACCUUCUUCCAUGGCUACUGCAGCCGUUGUGGCCGUACGUGCGGCACCACCAGCACCGCCACCGCUUCUACCGCCCCCUUCCUCGCCGCUGCCCAAGCGACGCCGCCAGCAACACCCGGCAACAGUAGAAAACGGGAAACCAGGCGAUCAAGCGGGGGGUGCGCCCUGCAGAACGCCCGCCAAAUGUGGCGGAACCAACUUUACCGAGCGCAGCGGUGGUUCGAGGGCGGCCAAGGACGGGGAUUCCGGGUCGGGUAGGCGUCCUCCGCAGUCUAGAUCGGUGUCCUCUAGCUCAGGUAGUCAGGGCAAGGGGGCGUCACAGAGGAACGGGAGAGCUGGGUCGGACGCUGCGCCCGCCGCUCACUCAGAAUUGUCCAGGUUCGGGCAGGAAAACGGGACGACGAAGGCACCGGAGGGGGCGCUUGAUGCUGUGCUCGCGUCCGUCUUGCCGGCGGUGGUGCUCGCGUCGGGGGAUUGCUUGCGGUUGAUGUCGGCGGCGAGGACAUGGGCUGAGGCCCUACGAUUGAAGAGUCGAAGGGGGGGCAAUGACCCUUGCCGGAAGAGGGCCUCAACAAUGCUCUUCAAGAUGGAACGCUGUGAGCUAGAGAUGGGAACGGCGGCGCACAAGACUCGCCAAUUCCUAGAGCACUUUCAAGAUGGUGCGAAGAAUAGUGCGGUUAAAGCUGAGACCCGAAGUGGCGGCGUCGGGGGCCCAACAAGAAAACGCGCACGUGGUGGUUGUGACAAGGACGAUGGCGGCGGCGACACGGCGAAUGCGAAGAAGCUUGAGCCGGGAGGAAGCACGACCAUCAGUUGCGACGAGACCCUGGAGAGCGCCCUGCGGCUACUGCUGGCCGGUGCCGACACCGUUGCGGCGUGGCGGCGCGAUUCUGCUGCGAAGGAAAAGAGGAGGGCUGCACGUCCGAAGCAUGGUGGCAAAAGCGGCCAGGCGCGCGGAGAACGACAGCAGGGGUUAGGGCCGGGGGCGGAACACGACGAGGGAGACGAGGAGGAGGCAGGGGGCCGGAGCAACAGUGCUAAAGACCGGUUCACCGGAGCAUCGGGAAAGAGGAGGAGAUCUAGGGGCACACGGGUUAGGAGCCGCAACGUGGUGAUCGAUGGUUGGUUGGAGGAGGGGGGUGAGGAAGGGGGUAACCGGGACGACGCUUUCGUUGAUUUGGAAGACUUCAUCGAGGCUUGAUCACUCACCUGCUAAUGACGUCUUUUGUUCGCAGGCUACCGAAAGGGAUUCCUCAGAAUAUUACGAAAGUCUGUGUGGAUCGAAUUAAAUUGUGAUAUAUGUGUGAAUUCAUUGCAGCAGACUUGCCUUCGUCAGCAUUUUGUCCGUAUAAUCAGUC